AUGCAAAGUGUUAACAGCAUAUCGAGCACAGAGCAGCUGCUUCAUUUCUUCGAUUCACUCAUAGCCGACGGAUAUAUCAUUACCAUCCUGGGCAUCAAACACGUGUUGAAAUUCAUCCUGUACUACUUCGAGAAUAGGAAGGACCAGCUGUGCCCCACUUAUUUGGUUGAAGGAUUUAAUAAGAGCAAGACCGAAUACAUCUGUUCCAUUUUCCACGAAACGGACGCUCUCAGAAUGCUAAGAGAGGGUAACUACACCGUAAAUAUCUACAGCGUGCAGUCGAAUAAGAACAAGGCAAAUUUGUCCGCCCUGUGGAAGCAGGAACUUAACGAGAUCCACAAGACAUGCCAGAAGGACGCACACGGACAGCCCAUCAUCCCGGAAUUCUCCAACAUGCUGCUCACCGAUGUGAAGGCCAAAAUAGACGAGUAUAGCCCCAACGCAUGUUACCAAUUUCCACACAUUAUGUACAUAGCUGAGGAAAACCUUGCUGAUAAGGAAGCUGCGAAAAGUGUCAAUCUCGAGCAGAGUGUAGGCAAUGCUGGUACUCAUGAAAAGAAAAAUGGAAGGAGAGGAAGGAACUGCAACAAGUCCAGAGCUAGUACCGAAUGUAUAGACAUAUAUCUUAGAAAGAAGAAACCUAAGGAAGAAAAAGUUGAUCCUUUUCAACCCAAAGAGGGAAACGAAUCUAAUGCUGUAGCUGCACAAGGUAUGAAUCAAAUGAUGGGCGCAACUUACGUGGAUAAUAUGGUUGGCGCCAAUUAUGAGGCCAAAAUGGAAGACACCCAUUUUGCAGACAACAUGGUUGGCAUGAAUUAUCAACAGAACCUUCUUGGCCUGAACUUCGACCACAACGUGUUCGGCGUGGCUGGCGGCAAUUUGGAAAGCGGCGUGAGUGGCGGCAACUUCGAAGGCGGCGUGAGUGGCGGCAACUUGGAAAGCGGCGUGGCUGGCAGCAACUUCGAAAACGCGGAAAGCACCACCCUCGAAAACAACAACUGGAAGUCCUUCAUGUCCCGCAUGAUUCAAAGCACGAACGCAAAAAUCGCUGAGAACAACAUGAAGGAGAGAAAAACCCCAGGCAGGAAACGAAAGGUGAACAUCGACGCUUGUGCCGCCAACGACAAAAAGGAGUGUGCUGUGGGGGAGAUAAUAAACGGAAAUGAGAACAAACCGAAAAGGGGAAGGAAACCAAAGGCCGCCACGGUGGUGGUCACUACGAACAAGGCUGAAAACGAAGGGAGAAAGAAGAACGAAUUGCCCAAGGAAGAAGUUGAAAAUGACGAGAAGCAAAUGAAACUGGACGUGUCAAAUAAUGACCUGAAUGUGAAGAUGCCCGAUUUUGAUAGCUCAUUCUGGGAAAAGGAAUCAACGGAGAAGAAAAUUUCCAGCAAAAUCGUCUACACGGAAGAGGAAGCGCAAGAGGACGAAAGUGUAGACAUGUUUUAUGAAAAUGGCUACUUCGUUGUGGUCGACAAGAGCAUAUCAAAGAAGAAGAGAGGCCCCAAAUCGCAGGAAAGGAAAAACAAGGAAAACGCCAAAGAAAACUCCCCCUUCGACAAUAAGAACAAGAAAGACCCUCAGCAGACGUUAUUGACGUAA